GUUAGGGAGACAUUCUCCCAUGCGGCUAACCAAGAUUAGUUAGGGAUAUUUCUUGUGUAACAAUCCUUGUAACCUUGACUUGUACCGCAAGUCCUUGUGCAUAUAAAUAGAAACAGAGGGAGAGGAGGCGUGCCAUUGAGCAGCCCAUUGUUUCAUGGUAUCAGAGCGGGUCAUCCUCCCCGCCGCCUAAAUCCCUCCCUCCCUCUCCAAAAACCCUAACCCUAGCCAUCAGCCUCCCUCCCCUCUCCCACCAUGACUCCCGAAGAACUCGCAGCCAAGGAGCGCGAGCUCGAGGCUCGUGCCAAAGCCCUAGAUGACCGCGAAGCCGCCAUCAACCAGCAGCUCAUCGCCGCCACCAACACUGCCGCCACCAACGCCGCCGCUUCCCUUCCGACUGGCCAAAUACCCUCCCCACACCCUAACCCAACCGAACCCACCACCACCAAUCCCUCCACCUACGCCACCUCCAUCAAGCUCCACGUACCGAUCACCCUCAGCCUCACCGACGGCAACUACACAAGCUGGAGGGAGCUCUUCCUCGUCGCUCUCGGCCGCUACGGCCUCACCGCCCACGUCACCGGCGAGGCUACUCCCUCCGACACGUCUCCAACCUCUGCUUGGGGCCGUGAUGACUACACCGUGCUCUCCUGGAUCUACGGCUCCAUCGACAACGACCUCCUCGGCAUCGUCAUGCGUCCCGGCUCCACCGCGCUCACCAUCUGGGACGCCAUCGAGAACCUCUUCCGCGACAACAAGAAGCACCGCGCCAUCCAGCUCGAGGCCGACUUCCGCAACACGCCACAGGGCGAUCUCUCCAUCAGCGACUACUGCGCCAAGCUCAAGAACCUCGCCGACUCCCUCACCGACGUCGGCCAGCCCAUCAGCGACGAAACGCUGGUUCUGACGCUCCUCCGAGGCCUUAAUGACACUUACGCCCAUCUGCGUUCGUUUCUCCCCUUUCAGGUGCCGUUCCCCUCAUUUCUUCAAACGCGCUCCGCCCUCAUCCUGGAAGAAACCCAGCGACGCACCGACGCACGCAACGCCGCCUCCACCGCACUUUGGGCCAUGGGCCAGAGCGUCCUGCCCAACAAUGGAGGCGCCCGUGCCCCUCCUUCUGGCGAUCGCUCAUCGUCUGCUUCCUUCGGGGGCUCGUCGCCUGCUCCCUUCGGGGGCUCGUCGCCUGCCCCUUUCGGGGGCUCGUCGCCUGCUCCCUUCGGGGGCGAUCGCGCCGGCGGCCGCGGCACCAAUUACUUCACCAACACCUUCCGCAGCGGAGGCCGCGGACGCGGCAACGGACGCGGUCGUGGGCGCGGCCGCGACAAUCCCUGGCAGUUCAAUCCCUGGACGGGGGCCCCUACUCGUGCCCAGCUACAGCAGGCCCCGUGGCAGCCACCUCCAUCAACACAGUGGCAGCCGCGCUCGUCAACAACAUGGCAGCCGCCGUCCCCAGGCCUCCUCGGCCCGCGCCCCAGCAUAACACCACAGGCGUACACAGCCCAGGGCUCCUACGUCCCCACCGCCCACCAGCAACAACAGAUCGACCCGGCCCUCCUCGCUGCCCUCAACAACCUGCAGCUACCCGGCAACGACUGGCACAUGGACACUGGUGCAUCCUCUCACAUGGCAUCCGAUCCUGGCUCUUCCCAGCGGGAUCGUGAUUCUCCGAUGUAACAGUCUAGGCCCUCUCUACACCGUCAAUCCACCUGCCUAUGCCGCUACAUUCCUCGCCACCAUCUCCCACGACCGUUGGCAUCGCCGCCUCGGACACCCCGGCCACAACUCCACGCCACCACUACCCACCAGCUUGCCGAAUAAAACAGGAUCCUCCCUGUGUCAUGCAUGUCAAUUAGGGAAACAUGUUAGGUUACCAUUUUGUUUGUCGCACUCGUCUACUACUCGUCCGUUUGAACUAUUACAUUGUGAUCUAUGGACCUCUCCAGUCCUUAGCAUGUCUGGUUUUGCCUAUUAUCUAGUCAUUAUUGAUGAUUUUUCUCA